AGAAUCUACAACAAUUGUCUGUAUAAACUCUCUUGCAAUGUCUCACUUAGAACCAAGAAUUGCCAAAGCAAACAUACGUACUUCUCAUUGUUAAUUAAACUCCAUACUACAAAAACAGAAAGAUGUCAUCCUGCCAAGGAACCAUGCCCGGUUGCAAAGGGAAGAAAUCAUGGCCAGAACUAGUUGGAAAAGAUGGGAACGAGGCAGCAGAAAUAAUCAAAUCCGAAAACUGUUUCGUGAAGCUGACCGUCGUCCUAUUAGAGGGUACCCCUGUUACUAAGGACUUCAGGUGUGACCGUGUUAGGGUUUUUGUUGAUGCCUGUGGAAAGGUGGUUGAAACUCCCGUCAUUACUUAAGCUAAAACAUGUUAUGGGCAACGUAGAAAAAUUGUACACUACUUAAUUUCAUAUUGUAGUAAAUAAAGUGUACUAAAAAAUAUGACAUAUGUUACUUUGUCCAUGUAUUUAUGUGCUACCAUUAGGUAGUGAUCAUGAUGAAUCGAUAACAUCAAUGAUAAUGUUUGUUUACGUA